AACAAGCCCAAUUUCAACCAUCAUGGCUAUUGCUAUUGACCAGCCCCAUGUUUUCCUGAUCUUCGGCACCGGCUGGAUCGCCACGCAAAUCAAGGAACUCCUGGAGAAGCAAGGCGUGAAAGUGGUUUCCUCUGAUGCUCGAAUUGAAAGUCGCGAGCAAGUCUUAACUGCGCUCGCCAUCCACAGGCCCACGCGGGUGAUCAACUGCGCGGGCCUGCGCGGGCUCCCCAACGCCGACUGGUGUGAGGACCACAAGAUCGAGACGGUGCGAUCCAAUAUCCUAGGUGUGCUCAACGUAGUCGACUGCUGCUUCCAAUUAGGUAUCCAUGUUACUCAGCUAGGAUCGGCUUGUAUCUAUGACACCGACCCGACCCGCGCCCCGGACGCCAACUUCACCGAGGAGGAUGAUCCCAACUACGCCGGGUCCUGGUACUCGUGCUCGCGGUUAUUGAGCGAGAAUAGCAUCAAGCACUACCCCAACCUCCUCCUCUUGAGAAUCCGCGCCCCGAUCGCGGCCGACUUCAACCCCAACAAUUUGACCACCAAGCUGAUCAGCUACAAGAAGCUGGUGAACUUGCCUGCGUCCGGAACCAUUCUCCCCAAUCUUCUGCCCGGCGCAAUUCUCCUGUCCCAAGCCGGUGACACGGGAAUUUACAACCUGAUCUCCCCCUCGCCAUUCACCAACAACCAGAUCAUGACGCUCAUGAAGAAGUACAUCGAGCCCUCCCUGAACUGGGAGAACUUCGAGCUGGACGACAUGCACAAGGUGCUCAAGGCGCCGCGGUGCCACCCGGUCUUCGACUCGAGCAAGUUGAUCAACCGACUCCGCGAGCUCGGCCACGAAGUCAAGGACACCCCGGAGGCCCUGGAAGAUCUGUUCAUCGAGAUGGCGGACAAGGGAUACGGCCCAGGUGGCAAGUUGUCGCGAACCAAGCUUGCUGUUUGAACAGCUGGGAUGGGAUGAGCAACCAAACAACAACAACAUGACGAC